GAGCCGUCAUUCAGUGGCGGGUCCGGGCUGGGGGACUGAGGGGAGAAAAGAUGGCGGCGGCAGCUGCAGCUGGUGCGGCCUCCGGGUUGCCAGGUCCCGUAGCACAAGGAUUAAAGGAGGCGUUGGUGGAUACUCUCACUGGGAUCCUGUCCCCAGUGCAGGAGGUGCGGGCUGCUGCCGAGGAACAGAUUAAGGUGCUGGAGGUGACGGAGGAAUUUGGUGUUCACUUGGCAGAGCUGACUGUAGAUCCCCAGGGAGCACUGGCAAUCCGUCAGCUAGCAUCAGUCAUCUUGAAACAAUAUGUGGAAACUCACUGGUGUGCCCAAUCAGAAAAGUUUAGGCCUCCUGAAACUACAGAAAGGGCAAAAAUUGUUAUCCGGGAGCUGUUGCCCAAUGGGUUGAGAGAAUCGAUAAGCAAAGUGCGCUCCAGUGUGGCCUAUGCAGUGUCAGCCAUUGCUCACUGGGACUGGCCGGAAGCCUGGCCCCAACUCUUCAACCUGCUCAUGGAGAUGUUGGUGAGCGGAGACUUAAAUGCCGUCCAUGGAGCCAUGCGUGUGCUGACAGAGUUCACUCGAGAGGUGACAGACACACAAAUGCCACUGGUUGCUCCUGUCAUUCUUCCAGAGAUGUAUAAGAUCUUCACCAUGGCUGAGGUAUAUGGUAUUCGAACCCGUUCCCGAGCUGUGGAGAUUUUUACCACUUGUGCCCAUAUGAUCUGUAACAUGGAGGAGCUAGAAAAGGGUGCAGCCAAAGUUCUGAUCUUUCCAGUGGUGCAACAGUUCACAGAGGCCUUUGUUCAGGCCCUCCAGAUACCAGAUGGCCCCACAUCAGACAGUGGGUUUAAGAUGGAGGUCCUAAAGGCAGUGACAGCCCUGGUAAAAAACUUCCCAAAACACAUGGUGUCCUCCAUGCAGCAGAUUCUGCCUAUUGUUUGGAACACCCUAACGGAGAGUGCAGCUUUUUAUGUGAGGACUGAAGUGAAUUACACAGAGGAAGUAGAAGAUCCCGUGGAUUCUGAUGGUGAAGUCCUGGGCUUUGAAAAUCUCGUCUUUAGUAUUUUUGAAUUUGUCCAUGCCCUCCUAGAAAAUAGCAAAUUCAAAAGCACUGUUAAGAAAGCUUUGCCUGAGUUGAUUUACUAUAUUAUUCUAUACAUGCAAAUCACUGAGGAGCAGAUUAAAGUGUGGACAGCCAACCCCCAGCAGUUUGUAGAAGAUGAAGAUGAUGAUACUUUCUCCUAUACUGUUAGAAUUGCAGCUCAAGACCUAUUGCUGGCUGUGGCCACAGAUUUCCAGAAUGAGAGUGCAGCAGCUCUGGCUGCAGCAGCCACUAGGCAUUUACAAGAAGCUGAGCAAACCAAAAGCAGUGGCACUGAGCACUGGUGGAAGAUCCAUGAGGCCUGCAUGCUUGCCUUAGGCUCAGUGAAGUCCAUUAUCACGGACAGUGUGAAAAAUGGCAGGAUCCAUUUUGACAUGCAUGGGUUCCUAACCAAUGUCAUCCUUGCUGACCUCAACCUCUCAGUGUCUCCUUUCCUCCUGGGUCGGGCACUUUGGGCUGCCAGUCGGUUCACUGUUGCUAUGUCUCCUGAACUGAUCCAGCAGUUCCUACAAGCAACAGUUAGUGGUCUUCAUGAGUCACAACCUCCAUCAGUUCGAAUUUCUGCUGUGAGAGCCAUCUGGGGUUAUUGUGACCAACUGAAAGUCUCAGAGAGUACCCACGUGCUUCAGCCCUUCCUCCCCAGCAUCCUCGAUGGCUUAAUUCACCUAGCAGCCCAGUUCAGCUCAGAGGUCCUCAACCUGGUGAUGGAGACUCUAUGCAUCGUUUGUACUGUAGACCCAGAAUUCACAGCAAGCAUGGAAAGCAAAAUCUGCCCCUUCACCAUCGCCAUUUUCCUAAAGUACAGUAAUGAUCCUGUCGUCGCCUCACUGGCUCAGGACAUCUUCAAGGAGCUGUCUCAGAUUGAAGCCUGUCAGGGCCCAAUGCAGAUGCGGCUAAUUCCCACUCUGGUCAGCAUAAUGCAGGCCCCAGCAGACAAGAUCCCUGCAGGUCUCUGUGCGACAGCCAUUGAUAUCCUGACAACAGUAGUUCGGAAUACAAAGCCUCCACUUUCCCAGCUUCUCAUCUGCCAAGCUUUUCCUGCUGUAGCACAGUGUACCCUGCACACAGAUGAUAAUGCCACCAUGCAGAAUGGUGGAGAGUGCUUGCGGGCCUAUGUGUCAGUGACGCUGGAGCAGGUAGCCCAGUGGCAUGAUGAACAAGGCCACAAUGGACUGUGGUAUGUGAUGCAAGUGGUGAGCCAGCUCCUAGACCCCCGCACCUCAGAGUUCACUGCAGCCUUUGUGGGCCGCCUUGUCUCCACCCUCAUUUCCAAGGCAGGGCGGGAGCUCGGGGAAAAUCUGGAUCAGAUUCUUCGUGCCAUCCUCAGUAAGAUGCAGCAGGCAGAGACACUCAGUGUCAUGCAGUCUCUGAUCAUGGUAUUCGCUCAUCUGGUGCACACUCAGCUGGAACCUCUCUUGGAGUUCCUCUGUAGUCUCCCAGGACCUACUGGAAAACCUGCCCUAGAGUUUGUGAUGGCUGAGUGGACAAGCCGACAGCAUCUGUUCUAUGGACAGUAUGAAGGCAAAGUCAGCUCUGUGGCACUGUGUAAGCUGCUCCAGCAUGGCAUCAAUGCAGAUGACAAACGGCUACAGGAUAUCCGUGUGAAGGGAGAAGAGAUCUACAGCAUGGAUGAGGGCAUCCGUACCCGCUCUAAGUCAGCCAAAAAUCCAGAGCGCUGGACAAAUAUUCCUUUGCUGGUCAAGAUCCUAAAGCUGAUUAUCAACGAGCUCUCCAACGUCAUGGAGGCCAAUGCCGCACGCCAGGCCACUCCUGCAGAGUGGAGUCAAGCAGAUGACUCCAAUGAUAUGUGGGAGGACCAGGAGGAGGAAGAUGAGGAAGAGGAGGAUGGUUUAGGUGGCCAACUUUUAUCUGACAUUCUUGCUACCAGUAAAUAUGAGGAGGAUUACUACGAGGAUGAUGAGGAAGAUGACCCUGAUGCCCUGAAGGAUCCUCUCUAUCAGAUUGAUCUGCAGGCAUAUCUCACAGACUUCCUUUGCCAGUUUGCUCAACAGCCGUGCUACAUAAUGUUCUCAGGCCACCUUAAUGACAACGAGAGACGGAUUCUACAGACCAUCGGAAUCUAAAAAUGGCCUUUCCACGUUUGCUUUUUUUUGGCCCAGGCACAAAUAAUUUUGCAGUACUCACUGGCCUUGAGAUGCACUUUCUUCUCAACCUAGAAUGGUUUCCUGACCCUUGAUCCUUGGCCUCUGCAGAGUGACACUCAUAAUGACUCUGAUGAAGUUCACCAGUGCCAUCACCUAGGAAUAGUGGAACAAGGGACAUUUCUCAAAGUUCCCAUGAAGAUACCCCAUAUCUGGAACAUUUUUCUCCCUAACUCUGCCCUCACCUCUGUUCCUAGUGUCCUCUGCUGGCCAGUCCAGAAACAUUUGUGCCCAGAAGGAUUAUGUGUUCAUGGAUUAUUUUACCCCACCUCAGGAGCACAGGAAGUCACUACCAUUUAUAUUCUGAAACAGACCUGUCUACUUUCAUAGGACAUCUGAUGUGUUCAAAUAGGAAUACUCUUGAGAGAUCACUAAGCUCUCUGCCUUCGACCACUCAUGCUCCUGGUUCUCAGCAGGCACAAGCAGGAGCACCUACAUCUACACCCUUUCCAGCAGUCUCCCUCCCUGCUUUCUUCCUGCAACACUGAGGCUCCUCUGUUGAAGGAAGUUAUCAUCUUGUUUUUGCUUCCUUGCAUGACACAACCCCUCACCCAACCUGUUCCUAUAUAUACAUGCACACACAAAAUAAGCCAGAUGGCAAUUUGUUUUUCCUUUUUUAGAAAAAAAAAAAAAACUGGAAAAAAAAGGAUUUUUAAAAAAUCCACCUGACCCCACUAUAUUUAAUAUGCCUCUACCACACAUUACCACAGAGUAUAAUAUUCAAAGGUUAUCCCCUGUCCCUCAGGAAUCCUUUAAAAUGGUUAAGUUGUAGCCCUCAAAUUUGCAACGUGUAUUUUUCUAGGACAGUAAAGUAAUCUUUACAAAUGAACUUAGUCUGCAUGGUAUAAGGUAUCUCAGCACCUCUGCCUUCUAUUCCCUUUAGAAGGAAGUAAAAUAGAGGAGGAAAAAGGGUUGCAUGGAGCCUAUUUAGACAUUCUAGUCUGUUUGUCAAACUUAAUUUAAAAUAAUUCUUAGAGAACUGGCUUAUUUAAUCAGAUGUUAAAAAGGGCUUGGGAUGUAGCUCAGUGGUACAGCAAUUUCCUGAGGCCCUGGGUUCCAUUCCCAGCAUCACCAAAAAAAACUUUUAAGGUCAAUGCCUUAACAAUGCCUUAAUUGGGCUUUAGUGGGUUAUGGGUUCAGAGAGUAAAUGAAGAUGAAAAAAAAAUUAAGGGAAGGGGAGUAAAGCCCAAUAUUCACCUGCUUUUUGAUAGUGCCUGCAUCUGGGUGCCCCGUUUUUACAAGCCACAAUAUUUCUUUAGGAUGAUGUUGUCAUAAGGAAAUAAUAUAUGAGUUUGCAUCUCCAUUCUUAAAGGGGAGAGCCCCAUUGUAGGGCAUUUACUCCAUAGGACUUUCAUGGAAGUCUAAGGAUAUUGUGGCUGGUGAUGACUUCAUGCCACUAGAUGUCCCUAGUGUUCAGCGUCCAUGAUGAGUUGGAAAGUGUUUUAGUUAAGUUUCUAUAUUUGAAAAGCCUGAGGGCGUGUGUUCACAGUUGUCUGCUGCCAACCAGAUUCUGAGGCUAAUGUUCUGUCCCUGCUGCUGCUACCUCUAUAGAGUUGGGGGAGUCACUGAUAAUGGAAAACAAUGGCAAGUCUGGCCAAUGGUGUCCAGAAAACAUCAGUGUGAUCCUAGGAGACUCACUCUGUGGCUGAUCUCAAGGUAGAUCUAGAUUUGGUGGAAGACAAAGUUGAUUGUUGAUUUGGGCACAAAAAAUGGUCUCAUGCCAGCACAUUGAACUGUUGGGUUUGAGAGGCUUGGGGCUCCAACACAGACUGAGUGAUAGACCCCUUCUGAACCUGAUGAUUUAAAAAAUUAGCCAUGCAUGGUAGCAUACUUCUAUAAUCCCAGCAACUCAUAAGGCUUGAGAGAAGCUUCAGCAAGACCCAGUUUCAAAAAGGACUGGGGUUAUAAUUCAAUGGUAAAACUCCCUGAAUUCAAUUCUCAGUACCAAAAUAAUAAUAAUCUAUGUCUAUUGCCAAAAGUGAUAAUAACUGCCUUGGCAAGGGCCCCUCUUUCUGUUCUUAGGCUGAUUUGGUGGGGGGGGGGCAAUGGCUGAACUUUUAGGAAAAUGAGUUCUGAGAAAAGGGCACUAGUGUCACUUGGCAGGGAGCCCUCGCCAAGAGACAGCUUUGGUUGAGAGUAGAUGGUUUUGAACCCCUUGUGCAGGUACUUCCUUGUGUUUCCAGAUCAUUUAAUCUUUACAACAAGGACAGAGAUAUUCCCAAUCUGUUAAAGAGAGAGAUUGGAAAGUCUGUUUAGUGCCAGCAAGAAGAAUUUCUGUUGGAGGCCAGUGGUGUGACAGGAAGCUGAACUCUAACCUCCUAUUUUAUAUCCUGCCUUUUGGCCAGACCUAGCUUUCAAUCGGAAAAGGGCUGGACUACCUGGUUUGGAGGAACUGAAGAUCAAGGAUAAUUUUCUUAUUCUUUUAUUACUAAAAGUAAUAAAAGCCUCAGAUUCCUGCCUGGGAAGCAGCAGCUAGGACACUAAGGGGUUCCUAGGAGUUGGUUGAGCUGUUGGUGGAAACAGAAGGGAAAAUGAAAACACUAAAAGACUGAAAAACAUAAGUCUGACAAAGAAACAGUUAGUCAUUGGGAAGUAUGACCUACAGCCAAUAAUUCAAAAGCAGAUAAAUAACAGUGAUAAAAAAGUAAUCAGUGAGUUUCAUUAAUAGAUGUUCAUUGUGAGCUAAAGAGCAAGGGAUGUCUUGCAACCUUUAGUUUUGUUAACUAGAUAAAAUCACCUGGACAGGGCUGGGGGUGUAACCGGCAGAGCUCUUACCUCACUUGUGCCAGACUCUGGAUUCAAAAAAAAAACCUUGGGGCCGGAGUUGUGGCUCAGUGGUACAGCGUUUGCCUAGCAUGUGUGAGGCACUGGGUUCGAUUCCCCGAACCACGUAAAAAUAAAAAAUAAAGGUAUUAUGUCCAUCUACAACUAAUUAAAAAAAAAAAAAAACUUGGACAUAGGAAAGUCGGAGAAUUA